AGAGAGCUCCUUACAUUUGUAUUUGCGUACACUGCAUAGAGAGAGACACAGAGCAAGUCUAAACUCAGACAGUACCCCUGUGUUUCUCCUCCCCUGCUUCUUCUAAAUUCAGGCUCCCUCUCCAUAACUCUCACACAUUCUUGGCUCUUAUUGUUUAUAAUUUGUCGACCAUUGCACGAAAACAAGAAAGAGAUUAAAUGGGUACCACCAGAGCAUCAAUUUUCUCCUUCUCCUUGUUGUACGUUGUUGUAGCCAUUCUUGUACUGCCACUUGGUCUCGCCUCUGCCAACAAUGCUUCUUCUGUGAGCUUUGGUUACUCCGGGCCAAAUGGGCCUGCGAAAUGGGGGAGUUUGAGCCCAAAGUACCAGGCAUGUGGAUCUGGCAAAUCCCAGUCCCCUAUCGACAUUAGGAGGAAGGAGGCCGUGGAGGACAAGAAGCUGCAGAAACUGGAAGGGAAUUAUCGUUCCGUGGGAGCCUCUCUUAUCAACACCGGCCGCAAUGUCAUGGUUUGAGACCUUCCUUCUCCCUCUGCCUUUGAACCAACCAAUCAACUUUUCUAUGGCGUGGUUAGCUCACUGAAUCGGCUUAUAAGCAUUAUUAUUAAGUAUAUCACAUCAUGAACUAAGUUUCAUAUUAAAACAACGAAACCAAAGCCAUUCCAUCGUAAUGAUAGAGGAAUUUGUUACCAUGUCAUUGAUGUGACAACAACCUUAAAUCGGUGUACAAUUCGACACGAUUUGAUUUGAAUUGAACAAUGUCCUUCUGUGUUGGCGGGAAUGCAGGUUCAUUUUGAUGAUUCCCCUGGAGAAUUGGAGAUAGAGGGCAAAACCUACAGACUGAAGCAAAUGCAUUGGCAUUCUCCAUCGGAGCACACCAUUGACGGCCAGCAGUACGCUUUGGAGCUUCACAUGGUUCACCAGGCAGACGAUGAGAGCUUCGCCGUGGCAGCAAUCCUCUACGAAUAUGGCCCCGAAGACAAAUUCAUGAAAAAGAUGAAAGACGAGCUGCAGGAGCUAGCAAAGGACAAGUACCCGGCGGACGAAGAAGCGCAAGUGCCGCUGAAGAAGAAAAUGAAGUGCAAGAUGCUGAAGAAGACUACUUCACACCACAAGUACUACAGAUACGUUGGCUCCAUCACUUCUCCGCCGUGCUCCGAGAACGUCAUCUGGUCCGUCCUCGCCCGCCCCAAGACGGUGUCCAGAGAGCAGGUGAAAGCCUUGACAGCACCAUUGCCAGAUGGAUUCAAGGUUAACGCGAGACCGGUCCAGCCCCUCAAUGGAAGGAAGGUUGAGCUCUUCAAGCAACACUCCCCUUGAUCGAUCCAACGGACAGGGGAAUGAAUGAAAGGAUGUAACUCUGUUGUUGGUUUUCAUCGCAUCAACCUCUCCUCUCGUUGUCGAGUGUGCGUGUGUGUGUGUCUUGAAUGAUUGAAUGAAUGUUGUGCGUGAAGUAAUACCGUAAAUGCAUAUAGUAGUGCUCUUUUGCACCCAUAGGUUAGAGAGGGAACUAGGCAGCCAAACAGACUGCCCUCUGCAGAUCAACAACAUUGCAUGAUGAUUUCCAUGUCUAAGGCCAAAAUUGUUAGCUACCUAGAUGACUCUUUUAUUAUGCAAUAAUAAUAAUAAACAAUAACUAGUUAUUGCGCACACACUUUGCUACGGAUAUCAUACAUUUGUUUGAGC